UUUUGGCCAUCUCCUUCUCUGAUAACAAAGCACAAGGUGGUGGAGAAGUAAAAGCCUUUUUAUUAAAGCUCUUUAUUAUUAUUAUUUCCAUGGAUUUUCCAAUGUUUUCCUUCUUUGUGUUGUUUGCUUCAUCUCAGUCACAGAUCCCUAUGACCUUGUGCUCCAUUCCUUUUGUUUAGUUUUUAAACAACUCCUCCUCCUCCUCCUCCUUCUUGUGCUCUUCUUUCUUCUUCUUCUUCUUCUUCUUCUUCAAAUGAUAAGAUGAUGAAGUCUCUGAAUGAUAAUAGUAAUAGUAAUAGUAAUAAUAAUAAUAAUAAUAACAGUAACAGUAACUGGUUGGGGAUGGAGCUUCCUUCAGAGACUCAUCAUGCACCAAAUGAUCACCAUUCUUCUCAUCAUCAUCAUCACCAACCUCCUGCCAACUUCUUUCUAGCUCCACCUCUCUACUAUGGUGUUUCUGACUCUUCUCCUCUGUACUCUCACUUGUCCUUCAUGCCUCUCAAGUCUGAUGGUUCUCUUUGUCUCAUGGAAGCUCUCUCCAGAUCAUCUCAUCCUCAAGGGAUGUUGGGAAUAACUCAAGAACCAAAACUGGAGGACUUUUUAGGGAACAAUGAAAGGGAAGCCAUGGCCUUAAGCUUGGACAGCAUCUACAUGCAGCCAUUGCAAGAAGAGAUGUGUUCUGAAAUGUAUCAACCUGCUGCACUGGACUUCCCAACAACACUUAGAAACAACUGGGUUUCUAGACACUACACUGCUGAUGUUUCUCCUAUUGGCUUUGGAGAUUUGCAACCUUUGAGCUUGUCUAUGAGUCCUGGUUCUCAAUCUAGUUGUGUCACUGCUCCACAACAACUCUCUUCUUCUACAACAACUACUACUAAUGCUGCUAUUCCUACUGCUCCCACUGCUAGUACUGAUAGAAAGAAGCAACCUGUUCAUAGGAAGUCCAUUGAUACAUUUGGCCAGAGAACUUCUCAGUAUAGAGGUGUUACAAGACAUAGGUGGACUGGUAGAUAUGAAGCUCAUCUUUGGGAUAAUAGCUGCAAGAAAGAAGGACAAACAAGGAAAGGAAGACAAGUUUAUCUUGGAGGAUAUGAUAUGGAGGAGAAAGCAGCAAGAGCUUAUGAUUUGGCUGCAUUAAAGUAUUGGGGUCCUUCCACUCAUAUUAAUUUCCCAUUGGAGAAUUACCAUGAUGAACUUGAGGACAUGAAGAACAUGAGCAGGCAGGAAUAUGUUGCUCAUUUGAGAAGAAAAAGCAGUGGAUUUUCUCGUGGUGCAUCGAUAUAUCGAGGAGUUACAAGGCAUCAUCAACACGGCAGGUGGCAAGCUCGUAUCGGCAGAGUGGCUGGAAACAAAGAUCUUUAUCUGGGAACAUUUAGCACUCAAGAGGAAGCUGCAGAAGCAUAUGAUAUCGCCGCGAUCAAGUUCCGUGGCUUGAAUGCGGUCACAAACUUCGACAUUACACGAUAUGAUGUGGAGAGAAUCAUGGCGAGUAAUACUCUGCUUCCGGGUGAACUAGCAAGGCGGAACAAAGCGAUCGAAUCCGGUAAUGCUGAAGAUAGAAACAACAACAACAACAACAAUGCAAUUGAUCAGAAAUCGAGCAUUGCUGUCGAAGAUUAUCAUGGGAUGUUCAAUAUCGAUAACAACAACAACAACAACAACACGACGCAAUUAUCAAAUACGUCGUCUUUGGUGUCGAGUUUGAGUAGCUCAAGAGAAGGUAGUCCUGAUAGAAAUGGUCUAUCAGUGCUGUUUGCAAAGCCAUUGAACUCAUGGAUUGCAGGAACUCAGCAACAACAACAACUCAGGCCUUCUGCUGCAGUUGCUACAAUGGCUGCACAAUUACCAGUUUUUGCUGCAUGGAAUGAUGUUUGAGAGAAUAUGAAGUGGAAAUUGAAUCAAAUGUCUCUGUGAACUUCACUGUGAUUUUAAAUUUUGGCAGUGAUUCUCAUUACAUGAGGAUUUUGCAGUUUAAAAAAAAUUAAAUUAAAUUAAAAUUAGACAAAAUGGAGGCAUUGAUUGAAGAAGUGGAUGUUUUUGUUCAAACUUUGCCUUAGACUUUUUUGUCUUUCUUGCUUUUAGUUUUGUUGCAUCAUUCUUUUUCUGUUGUAACUUCACUUGCAUGACUUAUCUUACAGUCUUACCCACUUACUUUCAAAGUUAAGUUGGUGAAACUUCACUUC